AUGGACUAUAAGAAACUUUCAGAGGGCCUCGCCAUAAAAAUUUUCUCGUACCUCCAUGAUCCAGCGGGAUGGAAAGUGGUGAAAUCUGCAAAACAAAUGUCAGUGUCGGCAAGACCUUCAACAGACUUCCCAGGAACUCUAUAUCGUGCUGAAGCUCUAGUGGAAAUACCGGCUCCUAAACUCUUUCCCUUCAUUUUCCACGCUGAGUACCGCAACAAGUGGGACAGAGCAGUACAGUCGUACAAACUUGUAGACACAAUUGACAAGGACACUUUCAUUUACCAAAGUAUUACACACAGUUACGGCUUGGGACUGGUUACGCCAAGGGAAUUUGUCUACUUGCUGCAUGUUAAGACAUAUGAUGGAGAUUUAUUGACAACAAACUCUGUAAGUGUGGACCAUCCAGACCUUCCUCUAACUCCAAAGUAUGUGCGUGGAACAAACUACCCUUCUGGUUAUGCGUGCUGUCCCAUACCAGGCAACCCAGAGCACUCCAAGUUUGUGGCGAUUGUCCAGGUGGACUUAGGAGGGAAGUUGAUGCCUUCUGUCAUCGAUUCGGUUAUGCCAAUGAGCAUCAUGAACAUGAUCAUGGAUUUCAAAGCUGGAAUUAAGUCACUGAAGGGAAGCGCCCUAUAA